UCUUGAUGAGCAAGGUGGAGAAAAGGGUGUCAAGGAUGAUGAAACCCGAAAUGGCUUUAAUGAGCAUUCUGAAAAUUAUGUUACCAGCUUUAGUGUAUUUCAAGAUGUAAAGAAAAUGGAGGAAAAUCUUAAACUUGAUGAGGAAAUUGGAGAAAAUGGUGCCAAGAAGGAUGAUACUUCGAAUGAGCUGUCACAGACAGGUGAGUUUUUGUUUAAUGAGAUAGACAAGGGUGCUGAACAUAGCAAUAAUGGGUUGGGGGCUUUUCAGAAUUAUGUGAAGGAUUCAGGGGAUACUAGUGAAUCAGUGAGGUUGCCGUGGGAGAGUGAGAGUGAUCAACAAUAUCAUGAAGGGAAAAGAUUAAGAAAAAGUAACACUGAGGUGGCAGAGAAAGUAAUACCCGAGCCUGAAUUGAAGAGGCUUAGGAAUUUGGCUUUGAGGAUGGUAGAGAGAAUAAAGGUUGGGGCAGCCGGUGUAACGCAGGCAUUGGUGGACUCUAUUCAUGAGAAGUGGAAGCUGGAUGAGGUGGUGAAGCUGAAAUUCGAAGGUCCUACUGCCAUGAAUAUGAGGUGGACACACCAGAUUCUAGAGAGUAGAACUGGAGGUUUGGUUAUUUGGAGAUCAGGCAGUACAGUGGUGUUGUACAGAGGAAUGGGAUACAAAUUAGAUUGUGUACAGUCGUAUGCUAGACAAACUCAAGACAAGACAAAGGAAUUUGAAUCUUCAGGAGUUCAGGUGAAUAAUUUUGCUCGAAGCAUCGGUACCUCAUGCUCUGCUGAACCAUCGACUGCUAAAUCUUAUUCGAACAACCUAUCUGUCAAAGAACUCAAGGAUCGAAGUGAGCUCAACCUACUGCUGGAUGAACUUGGUCCACGGUUCAAAGAUUGGUCAGGGCGUGAACCAGUGCCUGUUGAUGCUGACUUGCUUCCUGAUGUUGUUCCUGGAUAUAGACCCCCAUUUAGGCUUCUACCUCAUGGGAUAAGACAUGGUUUACGUGACAAAGAAAUGACAUUUUUCCGUAGGAGUGCCAGAGUAUUGCCUCCACAUUUUGCCCUAGGAAGAAACAGACAACUGCAAGGUCUGGCAUUGGCAAUGGUAAAGUUGUGGGAAAAGUGUGCUAUUGCAAAGAUAGCCAUCAAACGUGGUGUACAGAAUACUUGCAAUGAAAGAAUGGCAGAAGAACUCAAGGUAUUAACUGGAGGUACACUAUUGUCAAGAAACAAGGAAUAUAUCGUAUUUUACAGGGGAAAUGAUUUUUUGCCAUCUGGUGUUACGCAAGCAUUAGUGGAAAAAGAGAGAGAAACUGUUCUCCAACAGGAUGAGGAAGAAAUAGCGCGUCAGAGAGCAUUGGCCCUGAUUGCGUCAAAUGUCAAAGUUGCUGAACGGCCUUUAGUUGCCGGAACCCUUUCUGAGACAAAGGCAGCAACCUUGCGCUGGAACAACCAGGCAACUGGUGAAGAUUUAGAGAAGAUGAUGAGAGAUUCAGCUGUAGCAAAGCAUGCUGCUUUGGUUAAAUCUCUUGAGAACAAGCUAGCUAUUGCAAAAGGGAAGAUAACAAAGGCCGAGAAGGCUGUAUUGAAAGUGCAAGAAAAUUUUGAACCUGCUGAACAACCCACUGACUUGGAAACUAUAAAUGAUGAGGAAAGGUUUUUAUUUCGGAAAAUGGGUCUGAGUAUGAAACCAUAUCUGUUUCUAGGAAGGAGAGGCAUUUUUGAUGGUACCAUUGAAAAUAUGCACCUGCACUGGAAGUACAGAGAGCUGGUGAAGAUUUUUGUGGAACGAAAAAGUUUCCCACAAGUCAAACAUAUUGCAAUUUCUCUUGAGGCAGAGAGUGGUGGUAUUUUAGUAUCAGUUGACAAAACUGCCAAAGGAUAUCUCAUUAUUGUUUAUCGUGGAAAAAAUUAUCUCCCUCCUAGUGCAUUUAGGCCUAAAAAUCUUCUGACAAGAAGGCAAGCAUUGGCUCGUUCUAUUGAGCUUCAGAGACGUGAGGCUUUAAAGCAUCAUGUUGCAGAGUUGCAAGAAAAAAUUGAGAAGCUGAAAUCUGAGCUUGAAGAUAUGAAGAAUGUCAAGGAGAUCGAUGAGGAGACCUUGUACUCAAGGGUGGAUGAUGCAUCCGAUGAUGAUGAAUUGCAAGAAGAUGAAGAUGAAGAUGCAUAUCUUGAGACGUAUAACUGCAGCGGUGAUGUUGGAACUUCUUGACGAGGGUUUGAGAAGGAAAAACUAGAACACAGAACUGCUCCGUGGUGAAAAAAAAGCUCGAUUUUUCAAAUUAACACUUGGAAGGGGUCCGAACUGAAAAGCUCCAAAGGUUUGGUUAACGGGAUUUGAGAUUUGGAUGGACAGUGAUCUCCAGGGUUGCUGCAUGUGGGUGUGUGACCAUUACAAACGUACUUGAUUCAAGUCCCACACCAUUCUUAGGAUGAAAAAUCUUGUGACAAUGAAUAGUUGUGCAUGUGAGCCUGUAGAAUUUUAAGCUCAAGAAUCUCAUGAAUCUAUAAUCUUUCGAUCAAUAAAGCUGUUGAAGUGAAUACUAAUGUAGCUAGUUUACAUGUAUGUAAUAUCCAACACAGUUCCUAAAAGAAACAUAUCAGCUGCAAUCACUUUAGCUUUCUGC